GCGACCGUUGGCACCGUGAGGGGAGAGCCGUCAGUGGGGCAGGGGCCGUGAGGGGCGGCCACAGCGCCUCGGCCGCCGCUCCGCCCCGCCCCGCCCCGCUCCGCCCCGCUCCGUACCGCCUGGGAAGAGGCCCCGCUUCCCAUCUCUCCAACCGAGGAGUACCUGUGGGCAGGCACUGUGAAUUAAUGGUGACUCAGGAAGUGGCAGACCUACCUACAUGUCUCGAAGAAGAAAAUUCAUUAGCUGAAUCCAGCACAUCCAGUAAAGAAGYACUUGACACUAAUGACAUGAAGAAGUCUGAAGUUUCUGAAGUCAUGACUAAAGYUGACAUCAAACCAAAAUCUAUGCAUCGUGCCAAAAUAUGGUCAGAUGAUGUAGAGAACUUAUACAGAUAUCAGCAAGCUGGAUACAGGGAUGAGGUGGARUAUAAACAAGUAAAACAAGUCGAUGAGGUAGAGUGUUGGCCAGAAACUGGAUUCAUUAAGAAACUUCAGAGAAGGGACAAUACAUUCUAUUAUUACAAUAGGCAAAGAGAAUGUGAAGACAAAGAUGUCUGUAAAGUGAAAAUUUAUGUCUAUUAGUAUUGUUAUUGUUCUGGUUGCUUUGAUUUUAUAAAUGGUUWCUUAAGACCUGUAAGUAAAUGAAGUGUGUAAUUUGUCUUACCUUAAGGAUCCAUGUCAUKCUUUUGUAGAAAGGGGAAUGCUGGAAAUGUAGAGAAGCCUGGAACUAUAGACCUAGAAACUUCACUUUUUUCUUCUUAUAAUCAAAAGUCUUGCUAUUCUUCAUUUUCCUGGUUACAAAUGCUUUGACAUAAACCAAAUAUUUGAUGCCUGUUUACCAGCUUUUUAUCUUUAACUGUAUAUGACAUCCAUUGUCAGUACAGGCAUCAAUCUUUAUUCCAAACAAUAUAAUCUUGUUGACACUGGUUAAUAUCAGCCACAGUCUCUUGGUGUAGCUAAGGGUUACGAGACUCCAAAGGGGGGCCAGAGCACUGACUAAAAUUCCCUUGSAGCAAAGCAAGAAUAACAAGCAAAGAACUUAACUGAAGGACAUUGAACAAUCAAGUAAAAAGGGCCAGUACUGAGCUGCAGAUUCAAAGACUGGUUAUUGUGAUAGAAAGAGCCACAAUAGAAAUGUCUUUUUGUCUAUCCCCAAAGUAUUUUUGUCAUGUGCCAGUAUUACUUAAUUACUCAAAGAGGAAUUGUUAAUUGACUUAGUAGCACAUCCCUUCUUGCGGGGUGGAUUGUGGAUUUACAGGUGUUGGGAGUAUAAAACUUUGGGAGAAUAUGAAAUCCACACUGCAAUAUUUAGGGGAAAGUGACAUACACUGUUGGUACGUGGAAUAUCUGGGCAGAAUUCAUUUAACUUCAAAUGUCACAUUGUAAACAUCCACACCUGAUCCUGUCAUUUGGGCAGCCUUUUUUUCUGUAUGGAGAGAAGCUCUUGUGGGCACAGUUAAUUUYUUUUAAGUACAGCUAUGUAACAUUUUCUUGGAAUGUGCUGCUGUGACAUCAGCUCUGCAGCAGCCACCCAUACCUGGGUUACUCUGAGACACUCAAUAAAGAUGAGGGACUGUACUUACCUUCACUUAUCAGAGGAUUUAAUUAAAAUACUUUGAGAUGCCAAAACUCUUGAAAAUUGACCAGGAGAACAAAUAAUUGUUAUGUAAACCAGUAGGUGUGUUUCUGGUAGUUAAAAAAAAUGUUAUUAAUAUUUCCUAUCUCUAGACUCAUAACCAAGGGGUAUACAAACUCAGUUGUAGGUGUGAAUUAGCAGUACACAUUUGAUCACCUGUUUAAUGGAUAUUCUUCAUUUAUUUGAGCCUAAGGUGGAGGCAGACUCAAGACAAGAAAUAGAGUACUUAGAGUUCCUAGUCAAAAUAAGUAGUAUGGAUGCAAUAUUCAAAAGAUCUCAUUGACAAUGACUAAUGAUGAUCUCCUCAUCUUAUUUAGACUACUUGGAAAAUUUUAGCUUAAAUUUGUAUGAGCUGUGUUAGAGAAAUGACUGAAAGRUCCUCUGAAGCAACUAUGAAACUUAUAUUCCAGGAAGGUUUUAAUGGCAUAUAAAGAGAGAGUUACUGCAAUGUAGAGAAAAAAAAAAGCUUUGCUACAGAUAACCCGUCUAUUUUGUCACUUUAAUUUAGUGGAUCUCACUUUAUUAACUUCAUGGAUUCCUAGAAACAAAAUCUUCCAGUGGAMAUAAAAACUCUAAAGAGUUUCACAAAAAAUCAAUCUGUUGUAUAUCGCCAGCUCAAACUUAUUGUCAGAAAUUAUUGCUAUCAGCACACAGAGAAAAAUUGAGAACAUUUGGUACUGCCAUUUUCUCAGUCUGUAAAAAGAGAUAGUCAGGCGCUUGAGAAUAGAAAUUAAAACUGCAGGUAACUUUUUUAAGAUUUAAUGUGGGGUUUUUUUCCUCAAGACUUUUAAAAGUUGAAACAAAUAUAAGAGAUUAUUCUAGGAUUCCCUCAUUUUACCUGACUGCUCCUCAAUAUUUUUUGCAAUACUGCUAGAUGCUUCUGUCUAUAUUUUAAAACAGUGAGCUUGCAUUUCAUUGCAGCCCAUGGAUAUUUCACUUCAAAUAARUAGCAUGGGGAUUCAUGUUCCACUUUGAGUGGACAGAUCCUUCCCGCUUUGAGAGAGUGAAUUACCCAGAUUUUAUUGCUUACAUUUUUCAGCAUUGUGAGUGUGCAAAAAAGGUGGAAUCUCACUGUGACAUUUAAAAGAUUAACAGGAUGAAAAAGAAAGACAAGCUUUGUAAUAAAUAAGACCAGUUUACAGAGAUGGUCUUUUGUCAGGACUGUGCUGAAUUUGGGAGUUCUCUCAUUGGGAGUUCUCUCAUUUGGGAGUUCAUUUGCAAAACGGCAAGUUUUGUACUGGCAGUGUUGGUUUCAGUUAUAAUUGUCUUUUGACAUCCAGUUCAUGCUGAGCUUAGGGUAAUGUAACCACUCCUCCAGGCUGUCAAAAUUCUUCCUGACCUGGCUUUGGCCUUCAGCUGUGCAGGCUGARCAUGGAGCUGACACUUGAGUACCAACAGUUUUCUCUGCUGCCUGUGUGCUGGAUGUAUCUUUCACUCAAAGAGCUGUCAAAAAGGUUCAGUGUCUUCUCUUAUCAGAUACAUCUGUAACUGAAAUGCCCCUACCUCAGUUUUAAGCAGGUGGAGAACUGUGAGUUUACUUGUCUCUCAAGCUAUGAAGGAGUAUCAGAAGUAAGUGAUCUGAGGAAGCUGUGCUUCAUUGUAAGGGUGACUGUACUUAUCAAUGUAAAUAAUUUCUGAACAUCAUUAUAAAAAUAUUUUUAAUGAAUUUUAAUAACUUCAAAGAGCUAGAGAUAAAARUUACAUCUCUCAAGUUUUAUUGCCUAGAGAUGAAAAUAUGUGCAAUUUUUCUGAUUUGAGUCUUAGUAAAAAGUAAUUCUGUAAAAAUACUUUCCCAGGUACUUUUCUUAUCUGCUGGCAUUUCUCUUAUCAGGGAAUACUGUAAURCUUUCAACAGCCAUUUGUAGCAGCUAAAGGAAUGGCUGGUGGCAAGGCUCUCCAUUAGCUUGCAGCUGCCUAAGCCUGAUCUACUUGGUCUAAUUCUAAUUCUCUUCAUGGCUUUGUACAAGAAGRAUAAAUCCUUUCUGUGCCUGUUGAAGCUUACAAGAGUAGGUAAAACAAAGUUCCAAGGCCUACUUUUCAGGUUUUGUUUUUGACAGCUACACGUGAAAUGGCAAGAGUGCAACCUUGUGUGCCAGGCUGGUGUGCUCCAUUUUUCAGCCUUUACUUGAAUCCAUUAUGGAACACUAUUUUCUGACAGUGAUACCAUGGUUGUUUGAUUGCUUUGCAGUCACAGCAGCUCAAAGAACCAAAGAGGAGGAUGGUAUAGUUGUUUGGAUUUUCACUUAGGCACCCAAAUGGACAGUUGUUUUUCCAUCUCUGAAGACAGCUGAACCUCAGCCUUUCAAUUUUCAAACACAGUUCCCUUUUUUCAAAGUGUUGAAAAUGAUUGGCCUCAAACUCAUUAAAACAGCUUUCUAACUCAGCAGCUGUUGGUGCAGGUGUUCCUCACAUUGUCUAUACAAAUGAAGGCUGCCUGAAAGCAGCUGGAAUGGAGUUCCCCUAUGCUCUUUGUAAAUUCUCUCCUAGUACUCCAGUUCUACUGGAUUUACCCUUUUUAUUGGAUCUGCUUUCUCAGUAGCCUGG